AUGUCAUCUUCUAAACCUGUCGCCCUGAUCAUGGGCGCAUCUCGAGGCAUCGGUCGCCAAGUGGCUGUCGACCUGGCCAAAAAUGGCUACGCAGUAAUGCUGGCGGCAAAGACAGCCUCGGAUGCAUCCAAGACUGUGCCGUUUCCGCCUGACCCGAAUUCCUCACAAUCAACUAUCAACACAGUAGAGCGUGAGAUCCGAGAGGCUGGCGGCUCCGCCGCCACGGUUGUUGUGGACGUCCGCGACGCAGCUCAGAUCCAACAGGCCGUCGAUGAGACGGUACGGGUCUUCGGCAAUUUGGAUGUCCUUAUAUACAAUUCUGGGGCGAUCUGGUGGUCGUCGGUGGAAAAUACCCCCCUCAAGCGCUUCAAGCUCAUGCAACAGAUUAACCCCGAGGGUUUGUAUGCCACGGUCCAGGCGACGUUGCCGUAUUUCGAAAAGAAUGGCUGGAAGGGCCGGAUUGUAGUUGUCUCGCCUCCGAUCUACUCGCGCUUUUUUCGGGGCAAGACCGCGUAUGCGAUGGGGAAGGUUGGCAUGAGUGUGUUGGUCAAGGGUCUCGCAAUGGACUUUGUGCGCCAGGAGCGUAACGAGAUGGCCAUCAACAGCAUUUGGCCUGCAUCGUCUAUUGAAUCUGCUGCAACAGAACACAAUAAAUCCUCAGACAAGUCCUACAAGAAGGACUUGAGAAAACCCACCAUCUUCUCCGACGCGAUUAUUGAAAUGCUGCGGGCCCCGGCAGCUACUGUGAACGGACUUUUAGAUACCGAUGAGGACUUUCUCCGGGAAAAAUGUGGUGUCACUGAUUUCUCCAAAUACUCAGUCAUCCCAGGGUCCACACCUCGCCGCAUCAUGCCGCUUAGAUUCCCUGUCUUGGAAGUUGCUGAACAGGAUGACGAGGGGCAGAGAAUGGAUAGUACGAAAAUCCGUGCUGCGAAGAUGUGA